ACUCUGCGCCUGCGUGGCGAGCCGGAGCCCUGGGGUUGGGCAGAACUCGGUUCCGUGCAACUUUCAAGUGAGUUGCAAACUCCGCCCUGCAGGCCGGUGCUGGUGGCCCGGCGCGCUGGAACCGCGGCGACCCGCUCCAGCGCGGGACCAACAGCAAGGGCCGAGCGCCGGGUUCUCCGCGGCAGGAAGGGCGGGUGGGAGCUGUAACUAUCCCGGCCGCGGGGCGCGCCCGCUCCCAAGUCGGCUUCCUCCCCGCCGGGGCCGCUUUGCCUCGGGUCUCCCCAUUCUCCAGGUCCCCUGAACUGCACAGUCGGAGGCCGUGGGCGGCGGGCUCUGCCUCCGCCAAGGGACAGCCGGAUCGCCCCUCUGCUUCCCGCAACUGCCCUGAUCCCCCCAGUUCCAGCCCUAGAGUGAACGUCUUUCUGAGCGGCUUCCUGGGGUUCUCCCCACGUCCCCAAGGCCGGCAAGAUGGUGUCCUGGAUGAUCUGUCGCCUGGUGGUGCUGGUGUUUGGGAUGCUGUGUCCAGCCUAUGCUUCCUAUAAGGCUGUGAAGACCAAGAACAUUCGUGAAUAUGUGCGGUGGAUGAUGUACUGGAUUGUUUUUGCACUCUUCAUGGCAGCAGAGAUCGUUACAGACAUUUUUAUCUCCUGGUUCCCUUUCUACUAUGAGAUCAAGAUGGCCUUUGUGCUGUGGCUGCUGUCACCCUACACCAAAGGCGCCAGCCUGCUUUACCGCAAGUUUGUCCACCCGUCCCUGUCCCGCCAUGAGAAGGAGAUCGAUGCGUACAUCGUGCAGGCCAAGGAGCGCAGCUACGAGACCGUGCUCACCUUCGGGAAGCGGGGCCUCAACAUUGCCGCCUCGGCUGCUGUGCAGGCUGCCACCAAGAGUCAGGGGGCGCUGGCCGGCAGGCUGCGGAGCUUCUCCAUGCAGGACCUGCGCUCCAUCCCCGACAUGCCUGCCCCUGCCUACCAGGACCCCCUCUACCUGGAGGACCAGGUGUCCCACCGGAGGCCACCCAUUGGGUACCGGGCUGGGGGCCUGCAGGACAGCGACACCGAGGAUGAGUGUUGGUUGGACACUGAGGCAGUCCCCCGGGCGCCAGCCCGGCCCCGAGAGAAGCCCCUAAUCCGUAGCCAGAGCCUGCGUGUGGUCAAGAGGAAGCCACCAGUGCGGGAGGGCACCUCGCGCUCCCUGAAGGUUCGGACGAGGAAAAAGACUGUGCCCUCAGACAUGGACAGCUAGGGUCUGCUGCAUCUGGCCCCUUCUUACCUCAUGCCCUGUAGGGCUCCAGGGCUAUUUGGAGCAACCUUUGGCAGCACAUCUGGCCUGCCUGCACCAACUGCCUGGGCCCCGCCCUCCUGACUCCUGCUGAUGGUCAAGGGCCAGGAGCAGAUGCUGCCAAGGCCACAUGCACCCACAAUGUACCAAAGCAGGCUGGGCCCAGGGUUCUAUUUAUUGCCUUGCUCUGCCCUCUCCCUUCCCCAGCUGUGGGACAAGAGCCGUCCCUGAACCCCUGCAAAUGAAACUAAACGUCCACCUGGGUGUGUUCAUUCCUUCCUGUCCUUCAAAGUACUUGAUAGCCUUUCAUAAGGCCUGGCACGUGUGUCCUGGUUGUGUGUGUGUGUUGGUGAGUGAGGUCAGGUUUGCCAAUGUUUUGAUAAAUAAAUACAUAAAGGGG